AUGUUAUUACUCUCGAAGCCGUACACCUUCUCGACCUAUCACGAGGCGAUCCACAUUUGCAAUACCGCCGUCCAGGAGAAGUACGACGACGAGAAGAGACGCAGGCAGCGACGCAGGCAGGGAGAGCCCGAGGAAUCCGCCGGCAGCAGAUCGGUGCGCGAUCAAGGAUGGGACUGCGAGAAGCUGAACGAAUAUUUGAAAUCCAUAGGUCAUGAAGGAGAACCGUAUUACGAUCUGAUUUACCCAAAAAUGACAGAGGCCAUUGUUUUAAUGAUGCUGGCAGCACAGAAUCACAUGGAGAGGCGCUGUUGCAGCUUCGAAUUGUACGGUGCUGAUUUCGUGCUGGCUGAGGAUAUGUCGGUCUGGCUGAUCGAGAUCAAUACUAAUCCCCGUAUGCAUCCGCCCAGCUCUAGAAUAACUAGACGCCUUUAUUCCAACGUAUUGGAAAGCCUGGUGAAAGGUGUGUAAGCGGACUAUAUAUUAUUCUUAAUAAACAAUCAAGCAAAUUAUUUUCGAGAUGGGCAUCCUAGACGAUGUUUACAUACUUUAAGUGUGACCAAAAAGUCGACCAUGUGAUGUGCGAUUUUGAGAGAACACUGUUUGCUUGGCUAAUAAGUAGAGUUAAAAGUCCUCUAUUAUAAGAUAGGAUUCUAAUGUGAGAUAGCGGAGUUUCUGCUAAA